GACACUCCGUUGGCUGCAUUUGUAGCGGCUGAAGCUGCUGUACCAGGACACUCCAGACCUCAAAAAUAUUUACACCGUGGACAUUUUGAAGAAAAAUGCUCACUAAACAGUAAGCUGUCCAACAGAACAUCCGCUUUGUCACAUUUUAAAGCAGAAAUCUUUCAUCAGUAGAAGCUCCAGACCAGCAACAAUCCACAAUGUUAUCCAAGUUAAGGACUGCCAGGUCCCUGGCUCCAUGUGUGUCUGUUAUCAGAUUGGCUCACACUAAAGAAAAGGGGAAGCCACUCAUGCUUAAUCCUCACACUAACAAGGGCAUGGCCUUCACACUGCAGGAGCGACAGAUUUUGGGCAUACAUGGUCUCUUGCCUCCUAAGGUAGAAACUCAGGACAUUCAGGCCAUGCGCUUUCAGAAGAACCUCAAGAAGAUGACUGAUCCCUUACAGAAGUUCAUAUAUUUGAUGGGCAUUCAGGAGAGGAAUGAAAGACUUUUCUAUCGAGUGUUGAUGGAAGACAUAGAAGAACUGAUGCCGAUCGUCUACACUCCAACUGUAGGCCUGGCCUGCACACAGUAUGGACACAUAUUUAGGAGACCCAAAGGAUUAUUCAUCUCCAUUCUGGACAGAGGACAUAUUCGCUCCAUCCUGGACAACUGGCCAGAGACUAAUGUUGCAGCAGUGGUGGUAACUGACGGAGAACGGAUCUUAGGCUUAGGGGACCUGGGCUGUUAUGGGAUGGCGAUACCUGUUGGAAAACUUUGCCUGUACACCGCCUGUGCCGGCAUUAGGCCUGAGAAAUGCCUGCCCGUGAUGAUAGAUGUUGGUACAGACAAUGAGACCCUCCUGAAGGACCCAUUCUACAUGGGCCUGUAUCAGAAACGGGACCGCUCUCAGGCGUAUGAUGAUCUGAUUGAUGAGUUUAUGGAAGCUGUGGUCAAGAAGUAUGGACAGGACACCCUGAUUCAGUUUGAGGACUUUGGGAAUCACAAUGCUUUCCGCUUCCUUCGGAAGUACAGGGAGAAAUACUGCACAUUCAAUGAUGACAUUCAAGGCACUGCAUCUGUAGCACUUGCUGGUCUGUUAGCGGCUCAAAGAGCCACUGGUAAACCCAUCACCGAACAUCGUGUGCUUUUCCUGGGAGCUGGAGAGGCAGCUCUUGGAAUCGCCAAUCUGAUUGUGAUGGCCAUGAUGGAGUCUGGGACAACUCAAGCAGCCGCCAGAGAGAAGAUCUGGAUGUACGACGCCCACGGAUUACUUGUAAAGGGCAGAAAACAGGAAAUGGACACCAACCAGGACGCAUUUGUCCAUGACAGUCCGGGGGAUGUACAAAGCUUCUUAGAUGCAGUCAACACCAUCAAACCUACAGCUAUUAUUGGUGUGGCUGGAGCUGGACGUCUCUUUACUCAUGAUGUCAUCAAGGCCAUGGGAGCUCAAAACGAGCGACCGAUUAUCUUUGCUCUGAGUAACCCAACAAAUAAGGCAGAGUGCACAGCAGAGGACGCCUACACGCUAACUGAUGGUCGGUGUCUGUUUGCCAGCGGUAGUCCAUUUGGUCCUGUUACUCUUGGUGAUGGGCGGGUUUUCAAACCAGGACAAGGGAACAAUGCCUACGUAUUUCCAGGUGUGGCCCUGGCUGUGAUUCUGAGUGGAGUGAGACACAUCAGUGAUACCGUUUUCUUAGAGGCUGCUAAAUCUCUUGCUGAGCAGCUGACCGAUAAUGAACUCAAAGAGGGCAGACUCUAUCCUCCCCUCUCCAACAUCAGAGAGGUCUCUCUUCAGAUCGCUGUCAAGGUGAUGCAGUAUGUUUAUGCUAAAGGCAUGGCGUUCCGCUACCCUGAGCCGAUGGACAAGAAUGGUUUUGUACGCGCUACUGUGUGGAACACUAACUACGAGUCCUUCCUGCCUGAUACCUACGACUGGCCUGGUGUCAGCUUUAAGCCCAAAACCAGCUAAAUGUGUCAAAAUGGACCUCUGUUUCUUUUUGUUUUUCCACCCUUAUUUUGAUCACUGUGAUCUCGGUGUAAUUGUGCACCAAAGCACAUUGAAAAGAUCUCUGAAAAUGAAGGGUGGAAUGCAACACUUGAAAGAGAGGACCAGCGUGGUGACAAUAGCCAUUUUCUCCAUGUUACUUUGCUUUUACGUUAGGAAUAAGUAACAGAUCUUGAUUGCCCCAUAGUGGUGCAGAAGGGCGAUGUGGAAAACUGGUUUUAGUGGUGAGAUGAGGUGAUUUGGCACAUUAAAACUAAAAAGAAUACUACUCUAUAAUGCAUUUGCAGUGUUUUAUAUAAGUACUUGUGUUGCAAGUUGGCAUUAUGAACACAUGCUGUAACUGUUCUUUUCUCAGUGGAUUUUACCUGAUCUUUGUGUCAUUUCAUGGGAUUUUUUUUUAUUACACCCUUGAUAUCAGAACAUAUUACACACAAACCACAUUUUUACUCCUCCAGCCUACCUAGAAGCUGCUCAACCUGACUAAGGCUUACUUGGAUAGCGAAGAAAUUUCUACAUUGCCCUUUCUCACAUCCCAGGGUUCCACUAAUCUAACUGGUGUGGAACACAACACAGGGCAAAGUUUAAAAACUCGGUUUUUGUCUGCAAAGUAGAGGAAAAUCAUUUUGUGACUGAUAGAAUAAAUAAAGCAAGGAUCUUAAUAUGUACCUCAUACUGAAAAAGGUUAGAUUUGAUAAAGGGAAGUGGAAUAAAAUAAAUAUUUAAAGAGUUUAAAGAUAACUGCAGCUGUAAUACUUGAAUGUAAACUCCAACAUAUUUGUCAAAUGCUCUUUUUACCUUAUAUUUAUAUAUUUGAGAUUAUUUUGAGUCAACACUCCUUUAGUCAAUUGAGAAACUAAACCCUUGUCUGUAGUAGUAGAAUAUAUUUACCUUUAUGAAAAUUAUAUUUAGCAGAAAACAACUGGAUAAAUGUUUAUUUGGUAUUUGUUCACUUGUGUUCUUCCCUAAUGUUCACUUUUUGAAAUGUGCAGCACAAAAACAAAACUACAAACAAGGUUUUCUUUGUAACACUUUGAAAUGCACAAAUAAAUCUCACAAAUCUGCUUUGCAGUUGGUUGGUUAGAAAAUUGUAUGUCCUGAAUGCAAACAGCUGUGCUGUCGAAGGCCAAACACGCUGUGACUUUCUGAAUAUGGUUUCACGCCAACUUUCCUUAAGUUUUAGGCACUAUAUAAGUUGUAAACUCACACACUUAUAUAGGUAAUUGCCAGUUGAAAGCUGGAGACCUAGUAUUUCAUGUGUAUACAUGUCAGUGGCACCAGCAGCGUUGUGCGUUAGUCUUUAGAUAUCAGCUAUAUGUUAAAAUUUGGUGUUGAUGUCCCUUUAUGUAGACCCUCAACAUGCUGCCGAUUGCUGAGAAAUGACUCCGCUUUAUGAAGAAAACUUCUUUUAAGUUAGUGUAAAUCCAGUAUUCACCGUGAACCAUUUUUCUGUGAUAAAGGCAAACAUUUGUACUCGCAUUCUCGUGUUUCUGUCUUUAUUGUUGACUGUACUGGUCUUGUCUCAGUCUAUUGUUUUGGGGACACUUUUCAGGGCAGAGUAUAUUUGUGCUAUGAUAUUAAAUGAUGUAUUAAAACUAUUAAACCUGA